AUGGCUACUAGAACUCAGUUUGAAAAUUCUAAUGAAAUAGGUGUUUUUUCUAAGUUAACCAACACUUAUUGUUUGGUUGCUUUAGGUGGCUCUGAAAAUUUCUAUUCUGCUUUUGAAGCCGAAUUAGGUGAUGCUAUCCCAAUCGCUCACACUACUAUUGCAGGUACUCGUAUUGUAGGUAGAAUGACUGCUGGUAAUCGUAGAGGUCUAUUAGUCCCAACACAAACUACUGAUCAAGAAUUAUUGCAUUUGAGAAAUAGUUUGCCUGAUUCUGUUAAAAUUCAAAGAGUCGAAGAAAGAUUAUCUGCCUUAGGUAACGUAAUCUGUUGUAAUGAUUACGUUGCUUUAGUUCAUCCUGAUAUUGAUAGAGAAACUGAGGAAUUAAUAAGUGAUGUUUUAGGUGUUGAAGUUUUCAGACAAACAAUUUCAGGUAAUAUCCUUGUUGGAUCAUAUUGUGCAUUAAGUAAUCAAGGUGGUUUAGUUCAUCCACAAACUAGCAUUCAAGAUCAAGAAGAAUUAUCUUCCCUAUUACAAGUACCAUUAGUUGCUGGUACUGUUAACCGUGGUAGUUCAGUUGUUGGUGCCGGUAUGGUUGUAAAUGAUUACUUAGCUGUUACUGGUUUGGAUACUACUGCUCCAGAAUUAAGUGUUAUUGAAAGUAUCUUCCGUUUGCAAGAUGCUCACCCAGAUUCUAUAUCUGGUAACUUACGUGAUACU